AUGCCUUUUCGCUACAUUGACGACAUACUGCUUUGCGGCGCAAAGUGUGCUGCCAUCUAUCGGCGCGCACCAACAGGGGUAUUUCGCAAACGAUCUCUCGAAGGAGGAACAAACAGGGCUCACUGGGAAGACGUUACUGAAAAUACACCUUUGACGUUUGUGAACGAUUGUGUUUCCUUUACUACGACGGUAUCGGCUAGAUACUGGCUGAUCGAUUGUAGACACAUCGAAGAUGCUACGAAAAUGGCUACAGAAUUAUAUAGAGAGGCAAUUCAUGUACCAUUUAUGUCGCGUUUUGUUGUUUACGCGAAGAGAUCUGACGAAAACCAAGCGCAGCUCAGGAUGUUCUGUGUCACUGAUGAUAAAGAAGAUAAAGCUUUAGAACGCAUCGAACGAUUUAUUCAAGUUGCUAAAAGUCGCGAUGUUGAGGUCCACGAAGGAAAACCAGUCUAUCUGGAAUUCGGUGGAAACCUCGUUCCGGUAGCUAAAUCAGGAGAACAGUUGACAAUACCAUUCCGGGCCUUCCGAGAAAAUCGCAUGGCGUUCCCGGUUAUGAUCAAGACCCAGGAUCUAGAACCGAUUUGCAGAUGUCAGUUCAUGAGAGAUCCGAAGGUGCCUAAAGGCGAACCUUCCCCCGCUCCUAUUGCCGUUCUCAACAUAAUGGUACCUGACGAGCCGACUGAUAGGACAUCGCCACUACCAUCAGAAGCGGUUCCGAGACGCACUGAGGAACAAGAAUUGAUUUGGAGGCAGCGACUCAGCGAUCCUAGACUGGAAGAUAUCUGCAAUCUACUGGGUAAAGAUUGGGUGGCUUUAGCUUAUGAAUUGGGCGUGAGUGUUGCCACGGUUAAUCAAAUUCAAGCUAAAAGGAUCACCGCACCGGAACAAGCUCAGCUUAUGUUGAAACUUUGGAAGACACAAUCUGGAACAAAGGCUCAAGACAAUUCCUUGGAACUAGCACUCUGUCGUAUAGGCAGAGAUGACAUAAUAGCUCCGCAGUCAGACACGAUAAACGAAAGACGAAUCCGGCGUAACAUUUACCAAGAGAGGCAAGCAUCUGAAGAGAUCGAAGCGUAUAAAGCAGAAGAAGAUAAUAAGCUCAAAGAAAAACUGUACAAUGAAGAAGAUAUACUACCAGAGCAUAGAGAAUCAGAACAUGAUCAAGACGAAGCCAAAUAUUCACCGGAAGAAAAAUCUAUUGUUGAAAAGAGCGAAAUAGAUAGAACGCCUACACCAAGUGAGGAGAGCGAGGAAGAUGAAGACAUCAAACGGAGCGUUGCUGAAAGAAAGGAACAAAUAACUAGAAAGUUAAGUUCUAGUAAAGUGCCUGCUUCAAAACAAAAGAAAGAAAUUCGUGAAGAAAUAAUUGAAAUUAAGACCCAAAUCAAACCGGAUAUCAAGAAAUUCCACGACAUUGAGCAACAGUCUUUAGAUAAGGAACCCACAUUAGAAAAGUCAAGAUCAAAAACUUCUCCAGAUAAAGUUGAAGAGGGGAUAGAAGAACAGGAAGUCAUUACAGAAACUAUUGUUGAAGCUAUCGUUGAAGAAAGAAAGGAAGAGGUAAAACCAGUAGAAAAACCUAUAGAACAAUUUAGGAAGUUCGAUCCAUCAUCGCCAGCUAAGCCUACCCCUAAACAUCUGCAGAGACACAUGCGAAAUGAAUCAAUGCGGUUUCCAUCAGGGGACUUUUCCAAUGUUGUAAUAACCCCGAGAAAAUCAAUAACAAAUGAAGCAGUAGAAAAACAAGCGAUUGAAACUAAACCUCAUACGGUUACAAAAGAAGUGAUUUCACAGAAAGAAAUUUUCACAUCUAAAGUCGAAGAAAAGAUGGAAGAAAUUGAAAAAACGGCCAAAAUGGUUAAAGAAGAGAAAGAUAUUGCUGAAGCUACUUUGAAAGAUAAAAUUAAUUCAUUCGAAUUGAAAAUGGUAAAAGAAAUCAAUGUUGAUGUUUCAAAACCAACGAUAAAACUAACUAAAGAAGCCCUAAAAAAACAUACUUUGGAACAAGGACAAGGCAAUGGGUAUACUCAAGAGUUCGUUAGAGAGCAAUCUAAGCAAUUAUCGAGCAUGGAAUCUCACGUUACACAUAAAGUGACCGUCGAAACUGAGACACAUAUUGAGACAGUAAAAUCCGUCAAAGAGACGAUACAGCAAUUCGAUUCGAAAACAAAACUAUGUGAGAAACCAAAGCAUUUCCCUAAGACUAUACGAACAGACUCAACCCUCGUUCAAGUAUCUUCCGAGGAAGAUAGCGAAUUCCUUAAAAAAUCGACAGAUUCUGAAACAGAAACGGAAUCGCAGACUACAACAGUCAAAGUGGACAAAUUAGACAACAAAACUAAAGUCAAGCCCUACAGGGAAUAUAUUGGCGCUGAAAUAGAUCACGAAGACAGUCCUAAAGUUAGUGACAAAGAUAAAAAAGGAGAUGAAGACGAUAAGGAUUACAAAGGUGUUGCUGUAAUGAAAGAUGUCUUCCUAGAAAAAAUAACUACUGAAGAACCAGUACAAGUUACCGAAGAAUAUAAAAAGCAAUCGUUGGAGGAAAGAGAUGUCUCUUUAACUGAUAAAUCAAAGGAAAAGGUUGAGACGCAGACUUCUACAGCAAGUACUAAAUCAGACCUUAGCAGACAUACGAAGACAGAUUCUGUAGGUUCAGAUAUGCAAGAUUUAAUAGCACAAAAAGUAUCAACAGAAUCACCAAUCCAAUCUGUCGUUGACAAAGCUGAUUCUUUAGCGGAUCUCCAGCACAGCACCGAGAAAGACUUCAGCUUUAUUUCCCAAACUGAGUCCAAGGUAUACUCAAAAGAUUCUAAGCAUAGAAGUGAUUCAUUGGAUGAAGCUUCUCAGUUUUCUGAUCUAGAAGAUCAAAUUGGCUCAAGUCCAGCGCACAGACCAGCUACCGAGAAAAUAGAAGCAGGCUCAAUUAAAACCGAUGUGAAAUCCGUUUCGAAAUUGACUGAAAAGUUUGACACGUCCCCGAAAAGUCAGACCAUGGAAUUUUUGAAAUUCGAGAGUGAGCAUAGUGCCCAAGUACAGGUAACGGAAUCAGAUAAGACUAAAGAGACACCAGUUAUAAGUGCUAAAGCAAGACAGUUUAUUGAAACUGUACCUGAGGAUGAUUCAGUGCAGGAAUGUUUCUUUUCAAAGCGUAUAUAUUCAGAUUCGCUUGAAGAUUCCGAGCAUACUGAUUCAAGAAGACAUUCAGAAACAGAAUCACUAAAAUCUGACCAAUCCGAUACAAAAGUUAAAGUUUCAUCAUCUGAAUUUGAUGAAAGGGCUGAAUUCGAAGAGGCGGCUGAUUCUGGAAGUGGAUUCGGUGACGAAAAAUUUGAGGAAAGUGUUGGAUUUACUUCAUUUAAAAUUGACCCUAAAGUACUUGAAAUUGAGAGGCAAGAUUCGGAAUCUGAUAAAGAGUCAGACGUCGUUUUUAAGAAAAUGAUACCUAAGCGACAUUCUAGAACUGAAUCUAUAUCAAUAACUAAGCUAAGUGAUAUUGGUGACAUUGAAAUCAAACCAAAACAAGAAUUCCAAAUUAUUGUAACCGAAGCAGAAGAAAUAGAUAAAUCUUUUGAAAAAGAUGAAACUUCAGAUAAAAUAUCAUCCGAAAGCAGUAGAGAAAUAGAAAUUUCAGAACGUAAAUCAUCAGAUGGAAUUUCAGACAAGAUUAGUUCGGAAGAUGCGGUUACCAAGAAAACAUCUUCGGAGGAAGACGUAGUCUAUGAAGCAGAGCGAUUGCAACAGCAAAAAACAGAAGUUGUUGCAACAACUGUAAUUGAAAAGAAAAUGGUUUCGGAUGAUGCAAAAGAGGAUGUUGAUUCAAAACGCCAAUCAGUGACGUCAACAGAAUCAGUGGGUGAACUACGUCUAGAGGAAAAGCGACCGUCAGAUGCUCACAGUCUUACUGAAUCUAGAGAUUACACUUUUGAAGAGUCGGAGGACGAUAUUGCAACCCAAGGCACACAUGUGGAUCAUUCCAAGGAUAUUGGGCUACAUAAAAUUGAAACUGAAGAAAUUAUACAGAUUGCUGAAAAAUCUGUAGAACACCCGAAACUCGCCAAACUGACUCACGGGGAUUCACUUGAUGACGUUGAAGGAUUUCCAGAGGAUCAUACUGCAGAUUAUGUGCAUAAAUUACCACAUAUUGCAGAGAUUGGAUCUGUUUCUGAUAAAGAUAUGACUAUUGAAUUUCUGAAUAGAGAGAACCAAGAACAACUAAAACGCGUGUCUGUUCAAGAACUAGUCCCUGAAGUGAUUGUUCCUUUAACUCAAGAUGAAAUAAUUAAGGAAACAGUAACACAUAAAGAAACCCCGACCGUCUUUACUUCGACCAAAACUGAAACACAUUAUUCUAGCACAACUAGAACAGAGCCUUUAGUCACAUCUGAAGUGAUGAGCCAAACUAAAUCAUCUAUAAAAGAAUCUACCACAACUAAAUCAUUCAGAACAGAAGGGAAAUUCGACGUUUCAAAGAUAAGGACCGAUACUUUGGGAAAAUUUGAUAUUGGUGAACAAUUGGAGGAAAUGAAGGAAACCAAAAAACAUAUGCCGAGAGAUUUACAAGAAUUACCUGAAAUAACGAAAGAGCAAGUCAAACCAGUUAUCGAUGAUAUUUUGCAAAAAGGUACAAUUGCUGCUGUUGCACGAAGCCCGAUUGUAGAUAAAGACAUUAAAACCAUUACCAAAGAAAUAGUAGAAUCAGAAAAGAGAUCUUACGACACGAAAGUGCCUCAGAAAGAAGAACGAAGACAUUCGUGUAUCAGUCCAGCUAUUUCCUUAGAAAGGAUUGCUGAGUCUGAUGUUGAAACAGAUGAAGAAGUCAGUAAAUCUAUUCCCAUUGUUGCGCAUGAGAAAACAACUGAAACUAAAACGGAUAUGAAAAAAUCUGAUUCGGCCAUGAAACAAAUGGCAGAUAAUAUAGAAAUUAUCAUUAAGCAGGCUUCGGAGGAAGUCGAUAUGUCAUCAGAAGAACUCCCUGUUGAAGUUGCAGAGGCUCAGGACAUUGCUGGUCAAGUUUCUGUGGAUUCAAUAAUUGAGGAGGCCGUAACCACCGUCGAAGGUUAUUUAGAAUCAGCUAAAGACAAGGAAAAAGAAAUUGAAGCUAAGAAAGAAAUUGUUUACGCUGAGACAAAGAAAUUUGCUAAAGAUAGACCGGGCCUCAUUAAAUCGCUUUCCAGGGAUAGUGGUGAAAUUGUCAUAAUGCCCAAAAAGAAACAAACGAGAACAUUUUCAGUACAGAGUUCUCCGGAAGAAGUCGAAGAACAAAUAUAUACAGAUUCGGAAUCAGACAUGGACAAAGCUAAAGUUUUAGAAAUAAUUGAACCAAUGUCUGACCUGGACGGAAAACUACCAACGUCAAGUUUCGAUUCCAGGAAAAUAAGAACAGAUUCGCUGGAUGAUGCUGAUGAUUUCCCGGAGAAAGAGGCUGACGUUUUUGGUGAAGAUGAUCAAUAUCCUGACGACGGCAUACACUCAAUUAUAAAGAGACCUGAUACAGCUAAGUAUGAGCCAAGCACAAGCUCUACAACUAAAACAUCCGAGGAAGAAAAAUCAACUGAUAAAGUGAUGAAAAAGACCCACUUCGUCGAUAGUCUUCUUCAGUCUGAUUUAGUAUCAAAAUCCACAACAGAAUCAUCUGUAACAACGGUUAUAUCCACAUUGACAAAAUCGUCUGACGAGGAGCAAAAGUCUGUUUUGGAAGACUGUACGUCAGCUGAUUUGUCUAAAAUCAGUGGUGCAGAUCUGGUCAAGGAUCCGUCAAAAACUUCUUUCGACACAAAAGAAGAUUCAAGAAUCGAUGAACAUACAGAAGACAGGGCGACCCCAGAUUUAUCUAAAAAGUCUCUUGACCUAACUAAAGAUUACUCUAAAUCCUCAAUUGACAGCAAAGAUACGUCUAGAGAUUUCGCCACCAACGAGCUAUCGAAAGAUUCAACGGUAGACCUAACAAAAGAUUACUCAAAAGUAUCAGUGGAAAGUGUCAAAGAAUCAUCGAAAUCAUUAGAUGAAAAAACAAUUUCUGAAGAUCAUUCUUCCUUAGAUGUAUCGAAAACGUUAGCUUCUGACGUUUCAGAAUGUAUUACAAUAAGCAAAGAAUUUAUUGAAGAAGAGAGAUCGGUAUCUCGUGUUUUUAGAAUAUCAACAAGUUCCUCACAAGAGACAUCAAUAAUGACAGAAAGCAAGAUGUUCAGUGAAUUUGAUGAUAAAUCAAUUAGUAAAGCAAAAUCGGAAGUGAUUGAAGUGGAAAAAGAUUUAUCAGAAUCUAUUCAGGACCAAGAACAGGAAGCGAAACGAGCACCUGAUACCAGUGAUGUGGCUCAAGCUAGAGCUGUCCAAGACCUACAACUAAUAGAAGAUAUUUCUGAUAAAUCGACACGUGAAAUAAAAGAACUCUCAAGAACAAAGCCUGCAUUAACAGAAACAAGUGGUGAAAAUUUUUCAGAAGAAGUAAUUAAGCCAUCUUUUGAAAAAGUUAAGGCUGAAGAAAUUAUUUCAUCCCCAGAGACGAGUCAUAUUAUUGAAAAAUCGACUAAAUUAGUCACUGAGCCGUUAUCAACAGUGAGUGCAGGAACUUUAACAGACGUACGGGAUGAACAAGAAAAAUUAAAAGAUUUUAUUAAGGAAGAUAAUGUUGAAGAUUCAAAAAAACAGAUCGAAGGCGAACGUACAGUAUCAGCAAUUGCUGAUCACGUAGAUGGGGAAAAAAUUGCCAUACAAGCGAAAAUUGUUGAGGAGGAGGGAAAGAGUUCAAUAGGUGAUAUAAAAGAAGAAAGAUUAGAGUCAGUAACAUCAACUGCGGAAAAAGAAGAAUCAGACGAAGUACCAGACAUGAAAGAAUUGAACAGAAGAUGUUCUAACCUUCUCGAAGAUAUCUCUCAAGGGGCUUUGAUUCGAAUUGAUACUAGCCACGUGACACACGAUCUUGCAUCAAAAUUCUCCAAAACUCCGCCUCCCUCACCGGUGGACCUGAUCCUCAAAGAUAAAACCAAGUCUGAGGAAUUUACUGGUGAAAAGCAUGUAGGAUUACAGUUGAGAGGUUCAGAUUCAUCAUUCCUUGACACCAGUCGACAAUCUCCGAGGGCUUCAUCAGCUGGAGACAGCCUGCUUAGCGAAACUGAAGCUCAUCAGAGCGAAGUAUCAAAGACGCCCUUCAAACCAAUCGCCGCUGGGUCUAGACCAAAAUCCCCUGUUAAGCACAUCGCCGAAAACAUGGAGUUUGUCAAUGUUGAUCAACCUACUAUCACUAGUGGGGCCAUUGAACUCGUUGAUCGUACGAUUGAAAAGAGCAUGGACGUAAUUGACCAAAUUAAGAAAGAACAACUUGCCGUGAAAUUGGAAGAAAUUCAAAAGUCCACAUCAACCGAUACGUUUUAUUCUGAAUCAAGGGUCGAAACAUCAACGUCCUCUUCAUCAGUCCAUAAAACAAUCGAAGGUGGAGAGCUUAAAUUCCAAUCCAUCGACCCACAAGCUUUGAUGUCAGAUAUGGCAGCUAAAUUUAGUGUCACUGACGAUACGCCUACAAUUUUGACGCAUAAAGAAACCGAGACUCGAAAAAUAUCAGGACAAGAGUUUUUCACUGAAACAAAACAAAUAUCUUCAUCGGAUGAUGACUCAUUGAUUAUUAAAACUGAAACUACUCAUGAAUUACACGGUCAAGAACAUGAAACCAAAGAAAAAACGAUUAUUCGAAAAGACGGUGAUCAAACUCAGACAUCUCAGAAAAAGUUAGAAAAAGCUCAUGAAGCCACGGCAAAACGAUCUGACAUUGAAACUAAGACAGUCUUCAAAAGUACUGAUGAUACUGAUAUUAUUAAAGUUGAAAGAGAAUUUUCUGAACAGGGCUUGUACCAUGGUAGACAAACAAAAUCUGAAGAGAAAAUGACCGCUUUGAAAGAUGAUACGGUUAAAAAAAAACACGAAGUAAAGAUAUCUGAGAGAGAUUUGUCUCAUGAACAAUGGGGCAAAGAAUACUUCACAGAGCCUGGAGAGCUGGAAGAUAUAGUAGAGGACGAUGAUAAGUCGAAAGUAGCAUUCGUUGACUCAACUCUGAAAAUUAUUGAGUCUGAUGAAGUAGUCUCAAGCGUCGAGGUAUCAGAAAAGGGUAAAAUUGUGAGUUCAACAUUAGAACACCAUAGAGAAGAAUCUAUAAUUGAAAGCAAGGAGCACGAUGAUCUGAGUUCUGAUACUUCUCACGCUCCAAGUUUCAAGAGUGAACCAGCUGACAAACAUGAUUCUUCUGAAGCUAGUCCAAGAAGUAAAUCCAAGUCGUUUAAGAAAGAUAAUGAAGUUUAUGAAGUAGAUUUUAUCAAAGAAAUUAAAGUUUCCACUUCACCAGUUAAGAGUACGUUUAGUCGAACAGGAAGUCAAGAUACACAUUCUGAGUCUGAAAUAGCACCCGAUUUGCCACAUGAUGACAAGACUGGUGACACACCAAAAAAAGAACGACCAUCAAAAUCACCAAUAAAAUUACCACAAGAGCAGAUUGAAAAUCAGGUUUGGGAAGUUACAAUACAGAAAGCAGAUUCCUUUGAAAUUGGUGACGACACACCAAAAACGCCUUUGUUCAAAACAGUUGAAUCUAUUAGUACUAUAAAUCUGGAGAGCACUACUACGGAUAUCAGAACUAACAUUGAAACAAACACUGCAGAUAUAAAACUAACCAAAACUGACAUGUCGCCCAUCGCUUUUGAGGUAUCCGAAGACAUUAGCGGUAUAUCCAAAGACAUUAUGGUGAAAUCAGGCGAGAGUAUCGAUACCGAAUACAUGAUUAAAUCAUUAGAAUCACACGAAGGGGAAGUAUUACAGAAAUCUAUGGAUUCGACUAUGAGCGCCGAAACAUUACAACCAUCAGAAUUUUCCACUGAUUCUGCCUACCUAACCGGCACUGAUCAUAAAAGAGAAGAAAUUAAGUUAUUGAAAGAAAAGAGUCUAGAAGAUAUUUGCAGUAGCGGUUACGAUACUGAUCUCUCCUCUGCCGAGUUUCAUGCAAAACUUGAGACAGAAAGAGUUGAUUAUGAUUCUUUAAUGUCUGCUCAACCACUAGCCGACUUGUCAGUUUUGGAAAAAACGAUCGACGAAGUCAAGCAGUCUCUUGAAGCAGCACAAGUAGAAAUCAUCAGUGAAAAGAACGAUGGAAGUAUAAAAUAUAAACAGUCGCCUUCUGAAUUUCAAUUCAAAUUAUUAAUUAGUCCGGACAGACCCGAAGUUAUAACAGAAGAACCACAUCACACAGAAGGUCACGCCGAUAAAACACCAGUUAUUGAAAAAACUGAAACUUUGUUAGAUAGUCAGAUAUCAGACAGUGUUACCCAGAAAAUAAGUUCCCAAGAGGAAACCACAUCCGAUGAAGAUAAAGACACAGUCUACAUUAAGGAACCAAGCCCCCCAUUAGACGCUGGUGAUAUUUCUAUUAGAUCAACGGAUAGUGGUCCACACUCGAUUUUAGAGACUGAAAGUGAGAUUGUUACGUCAGAUCGUGACGGCUCUUCAAAAGGAAGUCCUGAAGUCAAACUAAGAGUCCAAAAGCAUAUCAAGUCUAAACUUGGUAUUGUAGAAAGACGAUCUGCAUCGGAUAUUGAAGGUUGGUCUAGCUCAGGAGAAAGUCAUUACCAUAGCUUUGAGCAUUCUGAAGGAAGACCACUGUCUUCAGAUGUUGACAUUAUGAUGACUGCUCAAAGUGGAACCGAAUUCGAUACAGCGAUGACAAGUCAAGAUGUUUCAUCACAAUCCUUACGAACUUCGAGAGACUACUAUACAGCAGGAAGCUCUUUAGCUUCUAGGGAUAGUAUGAAAAGUCUAGAUUCAGAUGGUUCUAGCCAUGUAGCCAGUAUUGACAUAUCAGAUGCUUCAGAAACAUUAGUACCUUCAGCCAAUGAGCUAAAAGAAGAACUUAUGGAAAGUAGUACUUACGUAGAACAAUUUCUGCAUGAAACCGAAAAAGAUCAAACAUCUAAAUCCAAAGACAUAAGCGACGAAGAUGUCUCUGGCGAAGAAGAAGACGCUAAGCCCGGUAUCUUUGAACCAAUAGGAAAAAUGAAAAGAUCACAUGAGAUGCGAUUUCAACCAAAAGAGAUGAUACCUGAAAGUUUUCCCGUUGGAAGUACGUCAGAAAGCAUUGAAGUAGAUGAAGAUUCAUCGAAAGAUAAAGAACUUUCGGAUACCACAAUAUCUAGUCAGUUUAAAACAGAUGAAAUCCUUUCAUCGUCCAUUUCAAAACUUGAUAUGCCUUCGUCACAAUCUCAAUCAGAAUUGGAUCUAGACGAAGUGAAAGAAGUGAUAACGAAAACGAUAUGUCAAAAGGAUGAAGCGAUACCUUUUAAUGUUACCAAAAUUGAAAAACCUCAACGAGAAUUCGCUGACGUUGACAGCGAUAUUAUUCCAAUAGGGUCCUCUGAAUAUGAAGCAAUAGUCAAAUAUGGUGCUGUAACAUCGGAUCUAAAAAGUCCUUCACAUCAAGAAACGACCAUCACUAAAAUGAGUAUUGAAAUGAAUGAAAGUACACCAGGAGAGCAUAAAGUAGAAGUAUCAGAAGUUUGUGAGAGAAAGGAAAUCAAAGAUGUAAGCGUAAUUCCAUUUCCUAAAACAGAAAUACCCAUACCUAGACAGAGAGAAUUUGUCGAUGUCGAACAAGAAAUCAUACCAAUAGGUUCGAUACAAUAUGAGGAAAUACUCAAAUCUAAAAGUGAUUCGUCGGUACCAAAAACCAAAGUUGAAAAAUCUGUCAUAAAAACUCCUGAGUCAGAAUUAGACAGCAAACAAAGUUCAAUGUCCAGUUUGAAAACGCAAGAAACACCACAAACGCCCUUAUCUGCUCCUAGUCAGAGUUCUAUUUCAACUGAUAACGGACGCGAAUAUAUACUAGAUGAUAUGUAUGAUAUUUCAGAAACUCCUGAACUAAAAUCCGAUGUAGUUACCGAAAGCAGUAAAUCUGAAUUGAUGAUAACAACGGAAGAGAAAACUCUAUAUACAUACGAAAAAGAUCAAGAGUCGCCCACUAGUGACGAGUUUGAAAUAGUAGAUAAACCAAGCGAAAUGGAUGAAUUCGUUGUAAUUGAAGAAGUCGCUAAAGAGGCCCAAGAAACUGAUACAGAAGGUAAAAGUGUGCAAAUCGUUGCACAGAAAUAUGUAAAAAGACAUGAUACUGAAGUGGAAGAAUUACUGUCGAAGACUGCUAAAAAACAAGAAAGUACUAGUAGCGCUUCUGGGUCACUAUCAGAUGAGGAAUUAUUGCAAUUUGAAAUAGAACAAAAAAGGUUACAAGCGCAAGAGCUAGCUGAAAUAGAAGCAGGCAAGCGUUGGAUACAAAUGAGAUUCGAAGGCGAUCCACGAUACGACUAUGAAAGGGUACCCUUAGAAGACAUUAAAGAAGAAGAAAUGACUGACUUUGAUGCCAGCAGGAUCGGAAGUCUGAGUUCUCAAAAGGAAUCAAUAGGCAGUUUCGGCAGCUUCAGAAACUCUUACGGCAGUCUUUCUGAAUCGGAAAUGGCAUCUCGUAUUAGAUUUAGAGUCAGAGGAGAAAACGAUGAUAUUUCGAUCAGCUCUUUGCAGGAAUUCGAAAAUCUAGAAAGAGCGCUGAUGGAACAGUAUCAACAAAAUUCUUCUUCUUCACAAGAUUCUUUGAACGGUUCGCUUCCCAAACGAUACAUAUUGAGCAGAAGUCAAGGAGAUGAUAUUUCAAUUUCAAGCUUAAAAGAAUUCGAAGGAUUAGAAUCGGCAUGCUUAGAAGCUUUAAGAGCUGAAAUACUGGCAAAACAAAAAGAAGCUCUAUUAUUAGCCGAUCCCAAAGAAGUAAGUGGGAGCUUUUUAGAAAGAGAAAAACGGUCAUACAGCGGAAGCUCUGAGAGUAGUCCUCCUCAAAAAAGUGGCAGUCCUAGUCAAAAAUCUGGGAGUCCAUCGCAAAAAGGCGGAAGCCCUUCACAAAAAAUCGGGAGCUACGGCAGUCCUUCACAAAAAAUGCUGACUGAUUCUGCUGCAAUCAGAAAACUAAUUGAUCAACAAAUGGCUAUAGAGGCAAAACUACAGGAGCAAGUCGUUCCUAAAGUGGUGACAGUCAAGAAAUUUGAUGACAGGGGUGCAUUUUUUGUACCUGAACCAGAAACAGAGUCAACAGAAUCAAAAUCAUCUGAUAUAAAUGAAGAGUGCCAAAAAACAUCGACAUUUAUAUGUGCCUCUGCGCCAAGUGACGGCUCGGCGGAAUCUAUCCCUGGAGACUGCGAAGAAAUGAUGAAGCUCCUUGACCAAGAAGAAAAAUCGAAGACCUCACAGCCCGUUACUCGAACCUUUACCGACAGCGGAGUCAUUGAAGUAGUCAGAACCACGACAGUGAUCCAACAAAGAUUCGUUGACGGAAAGAAGGUCUCCGAAACGGUCACUAGCACAGACGCAGAUGUGGGAGCAAGUCCAGUUGAUAUACCCGCCAGAACUAGACAUUACGAUGAAGGAAUCUUGUCGUAUGGAUCCGAAAUGUCAUCAUCUAUAACCUCCCAGCCGUCGGAGAUGGAUAGCUUGAUGACCGUUAUGGAAAAGCAUUCCGAUGGUGAAAUAGUGACGGUUACAAAGCAGACAAUAAUAAUGACGGACAAACCCGAAGAUUUGGAAUUUUCGCGAGAGGAUCCAGCCAGCGGCUCCUGGAGCGGACAGGACGAAGAGCUCAGUUCGUCUGGAAGCUUCAGUCGGGGGGCACGAGCCGAUCUGAUGCUUGGGAGUACGGACAGUCUUGAAGCCACCAGUUCGAACGCAACGCGAGCAACUUACAACUACGAGGUGGACACUCCAAUGACCGGGAGUCUCACCUCCGGAGCGGUACCGCCUCCAGGGUCGAACACCAUGGUGUCUUCCCUGGACACCCUGGAACCCAUCACCGCCGUGCAGAUGGACAGUAUGGAACACCAGUCUACGAGUGAGCAGCAGUCCCACGAGUAUGAUGUCCAAGAACCGGAUUCUGAUACUGAAAGACUAGAGCUUGACAGCAAAACACCUAAAGCCAAGGAGCGAACUAUAAUGUUUGACAGUACUGACACUCUAACUGCUGUGAGUGGCGAUAACUCCAUCAAAGAGGCAAAAGUCGAGACGCCCGCUGCAACGUUCUAUAUCGGAGACACACCUAUUGUUAGAGGUGGGGGACGUGAAGAGGCCGAGCCUCAGCAACCAUUGUCCGAAAGCUGUCCAGCAUCAUUGCAACCUGUUCCUCAAUCAUCACCACCUGUACCCACACAAAGAAGAUCCCUUACGAUGAUAGCCAAGGCACCGCACACAAGUCUAGAGGAAGCUGCAAAGAAAUCCUAAGCUCUAAAUAGUUUACGUUAAGAUUGUUUUCGUAAAACAAAAAUCGCCGCUGAAGCUGCUUUAGCAAAAACUGCACCUAUUGCUAAUAACAUCUCGGAAAGGUUAAAUAAACAAAUACGUCCUGUAGUUAAACGAUGGUUCAAACAAUUCGAUUAGUUAGAAUAUAGUAAACGUUCUGUUAAUUUCAAAUUGCGAGCCUAAGUAAUAAAGAAAUUAUUAAUAUCAAUACAGUAUUCAG